AUCGAUCAUCUAGCAUACUAUCGAUGUCCGCAGGUGCCUCUAUGUUGUUCGUUCCUUCUCGGCUGGUAUGCGGCGGAUUAUGCUAGGAUGUCAUUGAGGGACAAAGAAGCAUUCUGGGAUAUACCAAAAAGUAAGGGUUAAACUUAUGGAAAUCAAGACUUACCUCAGAUGCGGCUUCUAAUAGUGAGUCUUAACCUGGAAUCGCGACUUCUUAGCGUGGUGCGCAUGAUACAUGCCGCUCCAUGAUAGAGUUCUGCUUUGACCGGAUCUUGCUGUGCGCCAGGGUGAGAGGGAUAGAGAAAGUCUUCACUCCAUGGGAUUUGUUGCCUUGGUCAAGUUGCGAACCUAAACCUCAUGGGAGGAAACAGCCGGACCCCCAUGAUUGCCAGCCAAAAACGGCAACCGACGUCGUUAAUCGGCAACGCAAUCGACUCUCCAGUCGACGAACUUCCGAAUGUGCCUGAUAGCCACUCCUUCGAACGCUUCCGCUCCAAAUUCAAGUGUUAUAGGAUGGACUCCGAUAAUACAUCAUCAUCACCAAGUCAUAACUGGCAUUCGAGCUAGGCUUUUCGUAUCAUCGAACCAAAAUCAUGAGAUCAUCCUCGACUCCAUGACGGACCCGGACAUUGCGUCCGAUCCUAUAUAAGCUUUCAAAUAGCUCUCAUAUCCCCAGGUUCAUCUCCGAGUAGCUUCAUUGUUACCCUCUCCCUAGACCUGUACGCAGCCCCCCUGCCCUUCACAUUAUGUCUUCGCUUGGCGGAUCGCUCGACCAGAACCCACCUAAUGCUGACAGACACAUUACUGAGGGUGGUUCUGACUGGCUAUGGGCCGUCACCGCCAUUAUGGGUUUAAGUACGCUCGGGAUGGUGUUGUGGCAGACUACCCGACCAAGAGGCACUCGAUUCUUCCACAACAUAGCUCUUAUCAUUCUCACGACAUCAACGAUCGCAUACUUUGCAAUGGCUUCCGACCUUGGGGCUACUCCAGUGCGAGCUGAGUUCUCGCGAGGCACCACCAACACUCGUCAGAUCUGGUUCGUCCGAUACAUCCAAUGGUUUAUUAACUUCCCUCUUCUCCUUAUCCUACUCCUCUUCUCCACCGGUCUCUCCGUUUCCGACAUCCUUACGACCGCUUUCUUCUCCUGGGUCGUCGUUAUUUGCGGUCUGGUGGGUGCUCUUGUCCCAAGCGCCUAUAAAUGGGGGUUCUUUGUCUUCGGUCUUCUCGCACUGUUCUACAUCUGGUCUGUACUCCUCGGUCAUGGCCCGCGUACGACAUUCAACGCUGGCCAAACCACUCGCUCGGGCUACGUCCGUGGCUCAGGCCUCGUCGCCUUCAUCACCCUUCUGUACCCUAUCGCGUGGGGUUGCAGUGAAGGUGGUAACGUUAUCUCACCGACUGGCGAGAUGAUCUGGUACGGGAUACUCGAUCUCAUCCUCGGACCUCUCUUCCUCUACCACUUCCUCUUUGGUUUGAGGAAUGUCGAUUACGGGGCGUUCGGAUUCCAUUCUGGUAAGCAUACGGAUGGUGCUUAUGGCGGACCUGAUGGAGGUGUUGGUGCUGGACCUAACAUGAAAACGGCUGGUGGUGGUGCUACGGGUGCUCGUGAUGUUGUGUAAUGACUUACGGAGAUUGAAAGAAAAUACUACAACGAAGCCCAUGAUCCUGAAAGACAAUCAGAAUACUUAUGCCAUUCUCGUUAUGCUGUUCAUCGCUUACUCUACAAUCUUUGUGUCAUAUUUCUAGUAUCAGUUCUGUAUUAUAGAACUUAGAAGACACGAAUUGUUCUCAACAUACAAUGAUAUCAUAUCGGUGACAUGUC